CACUAUUGCAGAUGCUAAACAAAGGCAAUAGCAACAGUGUACAGAGAAAUAAGUCAAGAAAAGAAAGAUAUUGUGAAAGAAAUGAGAUUUGGUGUCCUGGCACAUGUGCCAGAAAUGAACGUCUCUAAUACACUGUUGAAAGAAUUGCUUGAUCGGUUUGAUGAAGAGAGAGGAUGCCUGAAAACUCUACAGGGGAGAAUAUACAUAACUCUUCGGAAAGUAGUAGCUGCCCUCGGCAUAACCAACGGAGGGAAUCUUUUUCCUGAAAAGGUUGAUUCCAACAAGCUGAAUCCAGCAGACAAGAAAAUAUUUGACAGUGUCAAAAAUAUUUUCUUGGCGACUUUGGUAAGGAAUGUGCUGGAUAUGAGUGUAGAAGGGAAGGAGAACGGGAAAAAAUUCAAGAGGACUUUUGUUGUCUUCAUACAAAAGUGCUUCUUGCUCCCCAACGGUAAGUGUGGCCUCCCCAAUCCACAAGCCACCGAUCUUUUAUGUGGACAACAUUAGGGAAUGGGAUUGGGCAAAGCAUGUUCUCAACUUCUUGAUGAAAGGAGUUGAAAACAAGAGAAAGGGGGAAGAAACAGUCUGUUGAUGGCUGUGUUUUUGUAUUAAUGUUGAUAUAACUUCCAUGAAACAAAGUUUCCCCGCCCGUUUGCACCUGAUGCUCCCCC